UGGGACGAGGGCGGAUUCAGGGAGGAGGUUUCCGGGUCUCCCUUCCUGGGCUGGGACAACAGCGAGAGACGAACGGUCCGGUGGCUUAUAGCAUUUUAAAGGUACGCACAGGCUUGUCAGACAUCACGUAAACAACAGCGAUGUCUCAGUCUGGAGAGAAAGGAAAAUUCCCAGAUGCAGCAGGUUAUGUAGGGUUUGCAAACCUCCCAAACCAAGUGCACCGAAAAUCUGUGAAAAAAGGAUUUGAAUUUACCCUAAUGGUUGUAGGGGAGUCUGGUUUGGGAAAAUCCACAUUGAUAAACAGCCUGUUUCUCACUGAUCUCUACCCUGAACGUUACAUCCCCGGUGCUGCAGAGAAAAUUGAGAGGACGGUGCAGAUUGAGGCAUCAACAGUGGAAAUUGAGGAAAGAGGAGUGAAGCUUCGUCUCACUGUAGUCGACACCCCUGGAUACGGCGAUGCCAUCAACAGCCAGGACUGUUUUAAGACCAUCAUCCAGUACAUUGACAACCAGUUUGAACGAUAUCUCCAUGAUGAGAGUGGGCUGAAUCGCAGGCACAUAGUGGACAACAGAGUGCACUGCUGCUUCUACUUCAUUUCUCCAUUUGGACAUGGCCUUAAGCCUCUAGAUGUGGAGUUUAUGAAGGCCAUCCACAGCAAAGUCAACAUAGUCCCAGUCAUCGCCAAGGCUGACACUCUGACUCUGAAGGAGAGGGAUCGCCUGAAGAGGAGGAUCCUGGAUGAGAUUGCAGAACAAGGGAUAAAAAUUUAUCAGCUACCUGAUGCCGACUCUGAUGAGGAUGAGGAGUUCAAGGAGCAGACCAGAGUCCUAAAGGCAAGCAUUCCCUUUGCUGUCAUUGGCUCCAACCAGCUGAUUGAAGUGAAGGGGAAGAAGAUCCGUGGUCGUCUAUACCCCUGGGGUGUAGUAGAGGUGGAGAAUCCUGAGCACAAUGACUUCCUGAAGUUGCGCACUAUGCUUGUGACCCAUAUGCAGGACCUCCAGGAGGUAACUCAGGAUCUGCAUUAUGAGAACUUCCGUUCAGAGCGGCUGAAGAGAGCGGGCAGAGCCGUGGAUGAGGAAGUGUUGGACAAGGACCAGAUCCUGCUACAGAAGGAGGCAGAGCUGAGACGCAUGCAGGAGAUGAUCGCACAGAUGCAGGCACAGAUGAAGAUGAAGUCGGACGAGUAAAAGGGUCGGAGGUGAAGGGAAGCACUGUGAUCCAAGCCACCAGCACACACAUACAUAUACACAUCCAUACACACACUUAGUUGUCCAGCCCUGCCACCUUGCAGACCCACCAGGAGCCAGAUAUCCAGGAUCACAACAUCUAUCUGCACACCACCACUACUUCUUCCCUCCCGUCAUCCAUCCAUUGGCUGUUUGGCAGCUCUGUUUGGAGUGGACAAAAAGUUAAAAAAGUGAUGGAGACAGUGUUUGAAUACUGGAUGACUAUCAUUUAUCUGUUAUUUAGCUUUUCUUAGUUAUUAUCCUCAGAGCUGACAGUGACAGCGGUACUAAGUGGUUUUUACCAUCACACACAUGUUUACAUAAUGUAUGAUCUGUGAGUUUCACCUCACGGGUCAAAACUUCACAAUGCACCAUUUUCCAUUUAUUCUGCUAUCAGAUUUGAACGUAUUCACGUAAAGGUAAAAAAAAUACUUUGCUUCUCAUGUACUCAUCACUCGGCAGCUCGUCACCUUUAUGGUUUCUAACCGUUAGUGCCUGUUUGCUUCAGUCUGAUAAUGCAAUAACUAUAAAUAUUACCACGAUGACAGAUACGUGUAGUAAACCAGGAUGAGGAAUGCUCUCAUAUCUGGUUUUCCUAAUUGUGUUAGACUAGAAACUUAAUUAUGUAACAACCAGUAAAAAGCCAGUCCUCUUGUGUUUAGUUAUUUCUUUUUAUUUAUCCUUAACUCCUGAUUUUAUUGUCAGUGCCAAACUGUAACUUCAGACUGAAAACUAAUCAAAUCAUUCAGUACUGUGAGUUAAAAUGUUCCCAUAUUUGCCUCAGUGACGACAUUUCAUGUGUAAAACGGUCUGCUUGUACGCGACAAGUACAGCUUUUCAACUUACUGUAUUCACUUAAUCCCCUUUUAAAAGUCAAAUGUUUAACUGUGCUGUGUGUGAACUCCCUCCAGCCUUCUGUGAGCAGCAGACGUUAACCUUUCCUCUGCACUGCCGUUUAGCCGUGCUGUCACUCAUGUGCCGUUAGCAAAUGUUUUUCUGUCCUGUGCUCACAUUUGCGUCAUUUCUUAUCAAUGUGUCAGUUGGGACUUAUUUUUAGAUGUUGACAUAUUUUGUAUUUCCUCUCUCAAAUAAAAUUUAAGAG